AUGAAAGGUGAUCGGAAUACAAAUUUUUUCCAUGCUUGCCUUGCCAAUAAACGGCGUAAAAGAGUGGUGGAUAUAAGGUGUUGGAAUGGGAUGGUUUUCAAUUCUCCGGAGAGUCUUCAUCAAGGGGCUGUGGAUUUCUUUUCUAAUUUUCUGCAAGGCAUGCCAACUAGAUUGUUAACUGACUUGUCGACUCUUAUUUCACCAGUUAUUUCAGACUCUGACAGUUCUAUUCUAUGCUCAGUUCCUACUAUGAAUGAAGUUUUCUCAGCUCUUUCUUCUAUCCCUUCUAAUAGUGCUCUGGGACCUGAUGGAUUCGGGUUGGGUUUUUUCAAAAGUUACUGGGAGGUAGUGAAAGAGGAUGUCUUAGAAGCCAUAUCUGAAUUUUUUGUUUCUAAGCAGCUCCCAAGAUUUUUUACAGCCUCUUUUCUUGUCUUAAUCCCAAAGGUUGAUAAUCCUUCUGGGUUUGAUAAGUUUAGGCCUAUUAGCCUAUGCUUGGUGUUUUAUAAAAUAUGUUCCAAGAUCAUUGUUAAUUGCUUGACAGGUCUCCUCCCAUGA